AUGGAACAUUGUAAAAAUACUUGCAACGGUAAACUGGCUGUUGUUAAGGACAAUAACACCCAAAUAUUUCUGCAUAAACUGACAUCGUCAGUAGUUUGGCUGGGCGGCAAGGAAGUGAAUUUAACAGACUGGAUGUGGAUAGACCAGGAGGCAACAACAUUCACGAACUGGAGCGGCUCACAGAAAUUUCCGUAUAUAGGACAACAACCAGAUACCAAUAAUGGAUUUAAGUACCAGCCUGCAGUAGCUCUUAUGAGGGUUAAUAACACCCCAGAGACUUUUCCAUGGGUGGACAGAGAACACUUGCAAACACAGGACUCUGGUGUCAUAUGUGAAGCAGACCAGAGUACCGCAGUAUGCAAAGGCAGUCAUAAUUUCCGCUGGAUUCAGAACAACAGCAGGUGGACAGAUAUAAAGAACGACACAUGUGUUUUCAUCAGUAUUCCAUCUGAAAGAGCCACUUGGUUUGAGGGUCACUGGUUAUGCAGAGAAGCUGGAGGAAAACUUCUGAAGAUAGACAACGACACAGUGCAGAAAAAGGUUGAAAAUAGACUAAACAAAAACAGUGAGCUGCAGUAUUAUUGGAUCGGAUUGGUGCACAGUGAAUGGAGAUGGGUGGACGGUGACACGGAUGACCCCAUUAACUUGAUGUUUUGGAGACCGAUCAUGUAUCCACCAUAUAACAGAGGACCAGCGUGUCUUGCACUGGAAGGAGCUGCAAGUGACGUCACCAAAAGCUGGGUGAUGAAAGAUUGCAGCAAGACGCUGCCAUAUAUUUGUGAAUAUCCACUAGGAGCAACAACUUUGUCAACUGAAGGAAAUCGUCCAGUUACAUCGGGUGUUCCCAUGACAAGUAUGCCUACCACCAAGAUCGUGACUUUAAAUCCAACAACAGAUUACAGAACAAUAACAGAUGGCCCUUCAGUUACCCCCACUUCUAUGACCGAUGACGUAAAUGUGACGUCAGCAGUCUCUGAGACAGGCACUGUGAGAGAAGGUACCAAAGUGCCCCAUACUGGUGAGAAUACAGUUGAACCGAUGUCUCCUGGUAAGAGUAUUUAUAAAGUCAUUAAAUUUUCCGAUCUUUAUCAUAAUAAAACUGAAAGCAUUAUUGCUUAA